CCAUCCCACCACAUCCCUAACAUCAUCAAUCAAAACCACAACUACUUUGGAAAUGAGGGGUUGGGCAUUUACGCUUCUCUUUCUACUAUCUUCAUUUCUAGGGGCCUUAGCAGAGCAAUGUGGUAGUCAAGCUGGGGGUGCUAAGUGCCCUGGGAACCUAUGCUGUAGCAAAUUCGGUUGGUGCGGCAACAAACCAGAAUACUGCGGCGACGGUUGCCAAAGCCAAUGUGGUGGUGGCCCUAGCCCUGGACCUAGUGGCGGAGACAUUACCAAUCUCAUUACUAGAUCAAUGUUUGAUCAAAUUCUUAAGCACCGAAACGACGGGGCGUGUCCCGGCAAGGGUUUCUACAGCUACGAUGCCUUCAUUGCCGCUGCAAAGUCGUUUGGGGGCUUCGCAACCACCGGUGACAACACCUUGCGUAAGAGGGAGAUUGCAGCUUUCUUGGGGCAAACCUCCCAUGAAACUACAGGAGGGUGGCCAAGUGCACCUGAUGGACCAUAUGCUUGGGGAUACUGCUAUUUGAGGGAACAAGGCAACCCAGGAGCUUACUGUGUUCCAAAUGCUCAAUAUCCUUGUGCUCCUGGAAGGAAAUAUUUUGGUCGUGGUCCCAUUCAAAUUUCUUACAAUUACAACUAUGGGCAAGCUGGAAGAGCCAUAGGGGUGGACCUCCUAAACAACCCUGAUCUGGUGGCAACAGACCCAGUGAUUUCAUUCAAGACAGCAAUCUGGUUCUGGAUGACUCCGCAGUCACCCAAGCCUUCUUGCCACGACGUCAUUACCAAAAGGUGGACGCCGUCAGGUGCUGAUCAAGCAGCUGGCCGGAACCAGGGGUACGGUGCAAUCACAAACAUCAUCAAUGGUGGUCUUGAAUGCGGCCAUGGCCAAGAUUCAAGGGUCCAGGAUCGCAUUGGUUUCUAUAGGAGGUACUGUGACAUACUUGGGGUUACCUAUGGGUCAAAUCUUGACUGUGCCAACCAAAGGCCUUUUGGGUCUGGACUCUUGGUGGACACCAUGUAGUUCUCUUGUCCAUAAAAAUACCCGAGUUACUUCUUUCAGUACCGAGUGAAAAAGUAAUAAAAGAGCUUGCUCCAUAUUUUCUUCUUGUAAA